UCAACAUUGAACCAUUCAAACUAGCUACCAUAGUCAUGAAGCUGAUAAUAACACUUGUCCUUCUUUUGAUCGGGACUCUCACCGGUCUUUCCUCGGCUCAAAACUGCGGUUGUGCCGCCGGCCUUUGCUGCAGCCAAUAUGGCUAUUGUGGAACCACCAACGACUAUUGUGGUCCUGGCUGUCGUGCCGGUCCCUGUUCAGGGGGUGGAGGCGGCAGUGACCCCUCUUCCAUUGUGACUCAAGCCUUUUUCGACAGCAUAAUAAAUCAAGCUUCCUCGAGCUGCCCUGGCAAGAGGUUUUACACGAGAUCCGCGUUCCUCAACGCGGUAGGCUCUGUUAGGUUCCCUGCGGGGUCAGGGGACGACGCUAAGCGAGAAAUCGCUGCUUUCUUCGCUCAUGUCACGCACGAGACAGGACAUUUUUGCUACAUUGAAGAGAUAAAUGGGGCGACUAGAGACUAUUGUGACAGAACCAACCGACAAUAUCCAUGCAACCCUAACAAAAAGUACUUCGGUCGAGGACCUCUUCAACUAUCAUGGAACUACAACUAUGGUGCAGCUGGGCAAAGCUUGGGGUUCGACGGAGUAAAUAAUCCAGAGAUAGUUGCGAAUGACCCGGUUGUGUCCUUUAAGGCGUCCCUUUGGUUUUGGACCACCAAUGUUCAGUCUCGUUUUAGAUCAUCGGGGUUCGGGGACUCAAUCCGAGCCAUAAAUGGCGGGGAAUGUAAUGGGAGGAAGCCUAAUCUAGUUGCUGCCCGAGUUCGAUACUACACAGAUUAUUGUAACAGAUUUGGUGUUUCGCCCGGCAACAAUCUCAGUUGCUAAAAAUGUUGGUUUUUAUUAAUAAUAAUUGGUAAAAACGCAUGAACUCUUGUUGAAGUUCUUGUUUUAUGAAUAAUGUACAAUAAGUGAAUUAUUGGCUUAUAGCCCCCACCUGAUGUCGGCCUCACUUGAAGCAAUAAAAUAUUAGUCACGGCUUCCUUUCA